GUGGUGGUGUCUAGUCUUUUAGCUCUUUUUUUUUUUCGUAUCUAGUUCGUCUGAUAUAAAUGAUACUUGAACCCAAUCCUUCUCCUCCUGGCUGUCUUGGUGAAUUGCUUGAAUCCAACAGACGCUGAAUACAACAUUGUUUCGUCAUCAUGCCUGCGACAGUGUUUGCUACAAAGGAGCUGUACAAGUACCAGAAUGGAUUCGACAACCACUUAGAAUCCGAAGCCGUCCAAGGCGCCCUCCCCAUCGCCCAAAACUCCCCCCAAAGCCCCCCCUACGGCCUCUACGCCGAGAAGCUCUCGGGAACCGCCUUCACGGCCCCCCGCCACGACAACAAGCAGACCUGGCUGUAUCGCAUCCUGCCGUCCUGCGCCCAUCCGCCCUACCAGCCGUCGGCCGAGCCGUCCCGCGCCGCGCAGGAGGGCGCCGACACCUCCAAGCUGCGCUACAUCCCCAACCAGCUGCGAUGGGACCCCUUUGACCACAACGAGGCGCGCGACCUGGACUUUGUGUCGGGCAUGCGGCUCGUGGCCGGCGCGGGCGACGCCACGCAGAAGCAAGGCCUGGGGAUGCUUGUUUAUGCCGCCGGGAAGAGCAUGCCCGCCAACUCGGCCUUUUACUCGGCCGACGGCGACCUGCUGAUUGUCCCUCAGGAGGGCGAUCUCAACAUCCGCACCGAGUUCGGCUGGCUGCUGGUGCGGCCCAUGGAGAUUGCCGUCAUCCCGCGCGGCGUCAAGUACCAGGUGAGCAUCUCGGGCCCGGCCAGAGGCUACGCGCUGGAGCUGUACCAGGGCCACUUCGUGCUGCCCGAGCUGGGCCCCAUCGGCUCCAACGGGCUCGCCAACGCGCGCGACUUCCAGGCGCCCGUGGCUCACUUCAGCGAGGACUUUGGCGCAACCGCCUCCGAGGGCAGCAACGCCUUCGCCGUCACCGUCAAGAUGAACAACUCGCUGUUCGAGACGCGCCAGGCGCACACGCCCUUUGACGUCGUCGCCUGGCACGGCAACUACUACCCCUACAAGUACGACCUGGGCCGCUUCAACACCAUCGGCACAAUCUCCUACGACCACCCGGACCCGUCCAUCUUCACGGUGCUCUCGGCCCCGUCGCCCGUCGCGGGCACCGCCGUCGCCGACUUUGUCAUCUUCCCGCCGCGCUGGCUCGUCGGCGAGGACACCUUCCGCCCGCCCUGGUACCACCGCAACACCAUGAGCGAGUUCAUGGGCCUCAUCUGCGGCGGCUACGACGCCAAGCGCGGCGGCGCGGGCGGCUUCGUGCCCGGCGGCGCCAGCCUGCACAACGUCAUGAGCGGCCACGGCCCGGACGCCGAGAGCUACGAGGGCGCGCGCAAUGCCCAGCUGGCGCCGGUCAAAGUUGGCGCCGGCAGCUGUGCCUUCAUGUUUGAGAGCAGCCUCAUGGUGGGCGUCACUGAAUGGGGGCUGCGGACGUGCAAGAAGGUCCAGGAGGGAUAUAGCGAGGAGAGCUGGGGCGGAGUCAAGGCGCACUGGGCGAAGCCGGCUGAUAAGGAGGUGAGAAGCCACCUCGCCGACUAAAGGGGGGGAGAAGAAGGGGAAAAAAGAACAAGUAAAAGAAGCAUAACAAGAAGAGACUUUAUCAUUCGAGCAGCGUUGAAUGUAUGGCUUGAGGGGGAUGACGAGCACAAGUGUUUAUAUACUAUUUGGUAGGUUCUGUAGGAUAUUAGCGAUCACUAGAAUGAGAUAAAUUGACAUUAUGAACAAGCAUGAUGAUUCUUUGGAUUGC